UCCCCUGUGGUAUACCCUACGUUGGUGUACGUGGCCUGGAUGCUGCCGCAGGGAGGACCAACUACUUGGGCCUAAAAUAGUGGAGGAACAUGCAAAUCAAAGUAUUGGAAGGGUGUCAGUAAAUAAUCGAUUUCAGUGAAAAGUUUGUACAUUAUACGAGCACGAUAAAAGAUGUCUGAAAGCCAGCAAAUUGACUUUUUUGACUCUGGUUAUUCAUAUGCUGGACAGGACGAUUCUUCAAGCUACGGUUAUGCGCCACCAGAUCAAGGGGGAAAUUAUGGAGAUUAUUAUGGUGGAUAUGACCAGUCUUAUAAUUCUGCUCCAGGUUAUGGCAAUCAGGGACCAACUAUGAUGACUCCCCAACAGAAUAACUAUAGUUUAAAUGACCAAAUGAAGCAGGGUCCUUCGGAUUAUACAAAUUUUGAGGAUGAGCCUCCCUUACUUGAAGAGCUCGGAAUAAAUUUUGAACACAUUAGCCAGAAGACUAUGUCUGUUCUGCAUCCAUUUCAACAAACCGACCCAAACAUCAUGGAUGAUACAGACCUUGCUGGCCCAUUUGUCUUCUGCAUUGCCUUUGGAGCAUUAUUACUUUUGUCAGGCAAAGUGCAUGGGUUUGGCUAUAUUUAUGGUGUUGGAGUUCUUGGAUGUGUUUCAAUGUAUGCUGUGCUCAAUCUAAUGAGCAUGACUGGGGUGACACUCAGUUGUGUUGUCAGCGUUCUUGGAUAUUGUCUCCUACCAAUGGUCAUGUUGUCAGGCAUGUCUGUGCUGUUUACUUUACAGGGUAGUAUUGGAACAAUUCUGACUACAAUUGUAAUUUUAUGGUGCAGUUGGUCAGCAUCAAAGCUUUUUGUCACCGUUCUUGCAAUGGACUCUCAACAACUGUUAGUUGCAUACCCAUGUGCAUUGCUUUAUGGUGUUUUUGCACUCCUUACAGUCUUCUAGGAUAUAAUUAACUUCAAUUUUUGAUAAGCAUAAUUGCUGGUACGCAAAACAACAUAUUCCAUUUAAGUGGUAUAGUUAUCUGUUGUAACUAGUUUACCAAACAGCAUAGUCCCAUAUAAAGUGCAUGGUAGGCAGCCAUUAGGAGUUGUCUGUAGCCAGUAGGAAUAGAAAUGAUAUUUUGUUUCGUAGUUUAUAUAAUUUGUAACAGUAACGAAAUAAAUUCAGUCUUCCGUUGCCACAAACCAUCAUACCUGUUACCUUUAUUUACUUUGUAAAUCAUUUAUUGAAAGACGUUGUCUGAACAUAUUCUUCUGUUAAAAAGUAGCCCUGAUCCAAUUUUACCAAUUUGUGUAAAACUUUCAUUAGCGAAAACAUGUCUCAAUGUCAGAGGCUUUGGUACAUCAUAUUCAGUAGUAUAGUGAGAGGGAGGCAAGAAGGGAAAAGGAUGUUUCGAAAAAUGAUGUUUUCUGUUGUCCCCAAUCUUACCACCCUGGCUAUGCUGCUGAUCAUAUUUGGUUGUUUGUCAUUAAUCGGUUAGAUAAUUGUUGUAGGUAGUCUAUAGAGCAUUGAGUUGUUCUGCUUUGUCCUUAAUGUUAUUCAAAUAUUAUUUUUUGAUCUCCUCUAUUUGUCAAAGUGAUCUGAUUUGUCACAAAAUAUUGAGCGGAAAAUAAUGUGUCC